UAUAUAUUCCAACAACUUUCACAAAUUAUUGGACAUAAAAAUGAAACCAAAGAUGAACAAUCAUAGUAACAAUGGAUGUCCAAAACCCUCCCAAAACUAACCCAAUUUUUUCCUAUUACAAAAAUGUCUUCUUUCUUUUUCUUCUCUUGUCCUCGAAUCUCCUCACAUUACUCAUUUCCACAACUUUCUCCUCUUAUUACAACCCCAAUCCCAAUUCCCAACACCCCGCCGCCGCCGUCGCCGCCGCCGAUCCGCCGCCGGACCUCCCGCCGGAAUUCGUGGCCUUCACGGCGCCUCAAAAACUCCCCUUCGGAUUCAACCACAAUUUCGGCUCCGACCAAAUCCUCCCUCCCGUCGGCAGCCACUGCGCCGCCUUCGCCGCCGACCUCCGCAGCUACAUGUCCUACGAAGUCAACGGGUCCUGCCCCGACGACGAGGUCCUGGCCCAGAAGCUUCUGCUCCGCGGCUGCGAGCCGCUCCCGCGCCGCCGCUGCCGCCCCGCCGCGCCGGCGCAUUACGCCGAGCCGCGCCCCCUGCCGGAAAGCCUCUGGACGACGCCGCCAGACAAUUCUGUCGUCUGGACCGCCUACACCUGUAAGAAUUACACGUGUCUGAUUAACCGCCGCCAGGAGCAGAAGGGAUUUGACGACUGUAAAGACUGUUUUGACCUUAACGGCCGGGAACGGUCGCGGUGGACGGCCGUCGCUCAGUCUAAUCUCGAUUUCUCGAUCGACGAGGUUUUGGCGGCGGCGGCGCCGGGGACAAUUCGAAUCGGGUUGGACAUCGGCGGCGGCACGGCGACAUUUGCCGUGCGGAUGCGGGAGCGGAACGUGACCGUGGUGACCACGUCGAUGAACUUGAACGGGCCGUUCAGCAGCUUCAUCGCCGGCCGGGGAGUGGUGCCGCUGUACCUGAGCAUAUCUCAACGGCUGCCAUUUUUCGACAACACGGUGGACAUAGUCCACUCGAUGCACGUGCUGAGCGGGUGGGUUCCGGCGAGGCUGCUGCAUUUUGCGAUGUUCGACAUCUACCGGGUGGUGCGGCCGGGGGGCCUGUUUUGGCUGGACCACUUCUUCAGCGGCGGCGGCGAGAUGGCGGAGGUGCACGCGCCGCUGAUUGAGAGUGUGGGAUGGAAGAAAGUGAAGUGGGAAUUCGGGAAAAAGCUCGACAGAGGGGCCCACCUCAAUGAGGUGUACCUCUCUGCCUUGUUGCAAAAACCGAUCGACAAUUCUUGGUGAUUUUAAUUUAUUUGUUACAAUUUAAUUGUUUUUUUUUUUUUUGCGAAGUUAUUUAUAAUUCACUUGUAAUUUUGAGUGUAUUUCUAGUUCUACUUCUUCCUUUUCAAAUUGUAGUAAUAAUGGGUAUGCCUUCCUCAUAGUUAA